AUGGCCUUCACGCCGCUCGUUAUCCGGGUGGUGACUGCUCUGGUGCUGUUGACCGCGCUGUCGGCCAAAGUCCAAGCCGGCGGCCUCUCCGCGCCGGACACGCUCAUCGCCAACCAGGCCGCGAAUGUCACCCUCUCCGAAACGCUGGACAAAGAUUCGGAACUGCGAAAAACAUACGAUGGUUACCGCGUGUACCUUGCACUCACGCCGCCGGGCUGGGGCACAGGGCCCGAGUGCUGGCUCGCCGACAACCUGGAUCUGAGGCCGCAGAAAGUCAGCGUCGUUGUCCCCAGCGAUGUGGUGCCGAACAAUACAAAGGUUCGCUUCGCCGCCAGUCUCAUCAAGAAGGGGCGAGAGAACGCGCAUGGUUUCUUCUAUAGCAACACCGUCAUUUUCCAGCAAGGCAACGGCACAUGGAGCCAACGGGAGCUGAACGGGCGGAACCUGGCCAACGAGAACAUACUCAACUGCCAGGCUUUGGGAUGUGUGCGGCGGUGCAACGAUCAGUACUACACAGGCGAGGAGUCCAGCGAGAAGGCAGCCGACGAUUGCUCCGACCAAUGUGUCAAGGACUGGAGUGCGGCAAACUCGGGCACACCGUCUCUCAGAAUACCCGUGGCCGCUUUGCUGGUCGGAGUCACAGCCUUUCUGUGGCUUCUCUAG